AUCAUCAUUUGAGAGUGACCAUUCCAUUGGUAGUUGGGAUUGAUAAACUAAAGAACUGCUAGGGAUUGAAUCAGAUGGUUGUAAUGAAUUGGGUCCAGUUUGAAUGGGUUUCUGGUUUUAUGCAAUUUUACCAAAAUAGUUAGGUUUUAUAUACUGCAUGGGUUUGGUGGUUUGUGGGGGCCGGAAAUAGCACUGGUCAGCAGGUCAACCGAAUGAACCGGCUGAUCAGGUCCGCUUUUCAGAACAUUGAUGUCAGUGUCUAUCAUAACUUCUCAAAGUGCUUCACAUCUAUCCCACUCACCAGCCACUGUCCACAAAGUCAUAUGUAUUUUUUCCAUUGAACAUAUAAAGCAACCUGGCAUGCCCAAUAGGCAUCCACUGCAGCUUGUUGUCAUGUUUGCCAUUAGUUCGAAAUUUGGAAUCCACACUUAAACGCUGGCACGACAGUAUGCAUGGCUUGCAUUUGAUAUGGCAUACUGCAUCCCAAGAUGUACGAGCACAGCUUUCUGUUAGCCAGGGUGAUUCACAUCCUACACGUUAUGGUGAAGAAACCACCACUAAACAGGUGACAUUUAGUGACACUAUUAGCAGCACUGAAAUGGAUGAGCUUGAUGCUGAGGGACAACAAAAUGAGAGAGACCCUUCUAACUGGGGUUCCAAAAACUCUCCUUUUUCAACCUCGCUUGAUGAUCCCACCUCCUCAUAUUCUCCUUAUUUAGCACCAGUUCUUGAAGGACCUUCUUCAUCUUUCUCUGAAGCUGGAGAUGACGAUCCACUACCUGCUAUAGAGGGCCUUCAAAUUUCAGGUGAUGCUUGUCCUGGACAUGAUCUCCAAGCAUGUGGAUUCUCUAUUAACGGAACAACCAGUUGUAAUUUUGAGUGGGUUCGCCAUCUGGAAGAUGGAUCCUUUAACUAUAUAGAGGGGGCAAAGCAACCUAACUACCUUGUUACUGCUGAUGAUGUUGAUACAUAUCUUGCUAUUGAAGUCCAGCCUCUGGAUAACAGGAAACGCAAGGUAUUCUCUGCUUUAUUAAAGAAGUGGAAUAGCCAAUCCUUGGUAAUGUAUGGUAAUAGAAUUGUGGCAUCCUUUUUUGUUUUUGUUUUUGUUUUUGUUUCCUACAGGGUAUCCUUGUCGACUGGAUAUCUUGAUAUAUGGGAACCAGCUACCCUGGCAAUCAAGAGGGAAGGUUACAGUAUCAAAGGUAGUGGACCUAGUGGUGUUGUAGUCACCGAGAAGUUUUCGCCAACCACAAGUGUCACUAUUCCUUUUGCACAUCCUACAGAAUUUUGUAUAAUUAGUUCUGGGGUUGAGCAUAUUUUACGGGCAGAAAACAGCUCAACAAUGACGCAUUCAGUUCAACAGAAUUUUCUACAAAGCUGUUCAAGAGAUACAAUUGUUCUCACCUUGAGAUUUUUCAUCAAAAGGGCUGGUGAGAAAAGGAAAGGAAAGAAAAGGGGUUUGUUCUUUAAAGCGAAGGAACUAUUAUUUUUCCGGCUUAGCAAUAUAGGUAUUUGUUGUAAAGGGUGGUGUAAUUAUUGAUCAAGCCAUCACCUGCGUUGUUGGAGAUUUCUCUUGUAUCUUGUGUAUGAUGUUUACACCUUACUACCGGCUCAAAUCAGCCCGAGUUUGAUCAUGCUCCCAAUGCUCCCCCUCUCUCUCUCUCGUGCCUGUGCACGUCUUGCAAUGUUUCCAUUCAGAAAUGUGUAUAAAGGAGAAAACCAAAGAUUUAUAUAGCAGCGCCGUAGCAAACUGUAUUUUGUGUUCUUUGGUUGAAAAGAAGGAUUAGAUUGGAGAUGAUGAGUGAGGGAGGACACCGUACCAGAAUACUAGAGAAGCUGGGCGAGGCUUUGAUUUUUCUUUGCCUUUUUUUUUCGAUUUUUGUUCUCAUAUAUAUAUAUAUAUAUAUAUAGAUUUGUUUUCCCUUCUUAGUGCA